CAUGACGGGGUGGACGUAUAUGAACGGAUGGGGAGCAUUCCUUGGGAAUGAAGGCGAUUACAGGUCAUUCGAGGCUCAAUGUUUCCCACUUUAUUCGAUCCUCCGUGCCAUCAACGUGACAACGGUGGACUACUUUAGCCUAGACAUUGAAGGAGCCGAGCUGUCAGUGUUAAAAACAAUUCCGUGGGAAGCUGUACUUAUAAAGACGCUGUCAAUUGAGGUUCGCAAUAAGACGGAUGAGAAGUUGAAGGAUUACAUGAAAUCUGUAGGAUUCCAGUUUGUACGUUUUCUUAAAAAUGGAUUUUCUCAUGAUCACAUUUAUGCCCACUCCAGCAUUACAUUAUCAAAUUAAG